AAAAAAAAAAAAAAAAACUGGUUAUACCUUCCUCUUUUUUUUUUCUAUUUAUUGUUUCUCUCCCCACUCUAAAACUAUUGAAAUGGCUUCUAGGCUCCUUAGCAACACCCUUCAAGCUAAUGUUGGUUUGACCAAGCAGUUUGUUCGCCCCAUGGCCACUGCUGCCAAGCAAGCUUCAGCUACUCGUAUCACCAACUUGCCUAACGGCCUCACUGUUGCCACCGAAGAAAACCCUUCUGCUGGUGUUGCCACUGUUGGUGUUUGGAUCGAUGCUGGUUCUCGUAAUGAAACCGCCACUACCAAUGGUGCUGCCAACGUUUUGGAACACAUUGCCCUCAAGGGUCAAGCUGAAAAGUUUGAAAAGAUUGGUGGUAUUCUCAACGCUCAAACUCAACGCGAUGUUACUUCUUUUGCCGCCAAAACCUUAAAGUCCAACGUUGGUGCUUCUGUUGAAGUCCUUGCCGAUUUGUUACAAAACACCAAGAUUGAUGCUGCUGCUGUUGACAGUGUUCGUGCCGAUGUCUUGAAGCAACAAGCUAGCCUCGAUGCCGACUUUGAACACGUUGUUUUCGACCACUUGCACGCUAUUGCUUUCCAAGGUGAAUCCUUGGGUCGCCCUGCUGCUGGUGUUAAGGAAUCUGUUGAAAGCUUGUCUGCUGAUGAUAUCCUCAACUUCAAGAAGCAAAACUACGGUUCUGACCGUAUUGUUCUCGUUGGUUCCGGUGACGUUAACCACGAAGAACUCGUUCGUCUUGCUGAACAAAAGUUCGGUUCUCUUUCCGCUGUUGGUGCUGCUGUCCAAAAGAAGGCUGCCUUCACUGGUUCUGAAGUCCGUCUCCGUGAUGAUACUUUGCCCGAAGCCCACAUUGCUCUUGCUGUUGAAGGUGCUCCUUACCUCUCCAAGGAAUACUUUGACUUGCUCGUCAUGCAAGCCGUUGUCGGUUCUUGGGACAAGACCUUAGGUGCUGCUGCCAACCUUUCUUCUAGAUUGUCUACCAUCGUCAAUGAACACCACCUUGCCAACUCUUUCUCUUCCUUCACCAAGGGAUACAAGGACACUGGUUUGUGGGGUAUGUACGUUGCUACUUCCAACAAAGACCAAAUUGAUGACUUUGUUCACUUCCUUCAAAAGGAAUGGAACCGUCUCUCUACAUCUGUCACUGCUUCCGAAGUUGAACGUGCCAAGCAACAAGUCAUGGCUGGUUUGUUGUUGAGCAAUGAUAGCACUUGCCAAGUUGCCAGUUCCAUUGGUUCUCAAGUCCUUGCUUCUGGUAAGCACUUGGGUCCUGAAGAAUUGAAGGCUACCAUCAGCAAGAUCUCUGUUGAUGAUAUCCGCAAGACCGCUUACAAGUUCCUCUGGGAUCAAGAACUUGCUGUUGUUGGUCACGGUCCUGUUGAAUGUUUGACUGAUUACACUAGAGUUCGUGGUAACAUGGCUUACAACAGAUUCUAAGUGUUUUUUUUUAUAUAUUAUCCAUUAAUAAAAAAAAGGAAAAAAGA